GUUUAGUUUAUUUCGCACUCUUAAAAAAGUAUAGGACUCCGCGAUUCAGUGUUAUUAAUGUCGAGUUUUAAUGUUGGUUUUAUCCAAUAUUGGACCAAAUCAAGGCCCAUAUUGACCUGUGUGGGGAAAAUAUUGAAAAGAAAAGAUGAAAAUCUCUUGAAAAGAGACAGAUUUCUCACAGCUAUAACAAGAAGAGCACCGAAUAUCUUCUCUGAAUGUACUACGAGAGGCUAGAGAUUCUUACGUUUUUCAACCUUUGACCAAACCAUCUAGGUUGAGAGAUUUCGAUGAAUGAUUCAUAGACCACCACUAAUAUAAAUACAUAAACCACGCGUUUGAUUCAAAAAUAUAUGCAUAUAACAUCACCGAAAACCGCUUUUAUCAAACUUAAAAUGAUAACUCUGUGAUUAUAUCUCAGAAACGCCACGUUUUUGGAUUCGAUAUCUCAUAUUUAGAUAUGCGACUAUUUUUGACACGCGGCCUUCCAGCCCCGCUUCAUUUAUGACUGAGUAGCUGACCCGUCAAGUGGCUCGCUUAAGUCUCAUUAUUUUUUUUUUUCAAUUAAAAAUUCCUAAAUAUACGUUGCGCUCGUAUUCAAUAGGAAUUAAUCUUUAAUAUUUCUUAAAUAACUAAACAGGUUCUCCUGAAUUCAUCAUCAUUGUUACCGCCAACUUUAAAGGCCGUAAUCUCCAUGACAACCGGAAAGCCUGUAGGUGUUUGUCACUGUUUUCAUUUACAUGACACGGCUCAGUAAAGCUUGGUGUUCGUGUUCGCCUAACGCGAUAUUGAUCCGGGGAAAAUGACUCUUGCCACAGUUGAAGAAUUCCAGUAGAAAGAGAACUGGGAUGGGAAAGAAAAACAGUAAACUUGAGCCCGAUUUGAUUCAAGAAUUGGUCCAUAAAACGUACUUUACUGAAAAAGAGCUUCAACAAUGGUAUAAAGGAUUCCUUAAAGAUUGUCCUUCUGGCUGUCUGACAGAACAGGAAUUCCAGAAAAUCUAUAAGCAGUUUUUUCCAUAUGGGGAUUCUUCGAAAUUUGCGUCAUUCGUCUUUAAUGUUUUUGACGAAAACAAGGAUGGACAUAUUGAAUUUAGGGAGUUUAUCUGUGCCUUAUCUGUGACGUCGCGAGGAAGUAUCGACGAGAAACUCCAGUGGGCGUUUAAACUGUAUGAUUUGGAUGACGAUGGUUACAUCACCAAAGAAGAAAUGCUACACAUUGUCGACUCUAUCUACAAAAUGGUGGCUAGUUUAGUCAAGUUACCAGAAGAUGAAGACACACCAGAGAAAAGAGUGAAUAGAAUAUUCACACAAAUGGACAAGAACGACGAUGGCAAGUUAUCAAUGGAGGAAUUUAGAGAAGGAUCGAAAGCCGAUCCCUCAAUCAUCCAAGCCUUGUCUCUGUACGAUGGGUUAGUCUAAGCAACUAUAUUCUAAGCUAGUUUUAUUUAUCUGGAUUAUUUCUGGCCGAAAUACCAGCAGUGUAAACAUUUGUGGAAGAUAUCAUUACUCGAACAUGAAGUACUUUUGGCUAUGCUAUUCUGAAUAAUAAUUUAUUUGCUCGAGAAAACUUCAACAGGACGUGAGUCCGACUGAGGAAGCUGCCCCUGGAAUGAAUUGAUUUGGAGAAUUUAGCCGUAUAGUUUUGAAAAGAAUUAAAGGAUGGAUCAACUGUUAUGUAAAAGAUAAAGCUUAUUGGAAAACUUCUGUGGAGGAACUUAAAAGAAAAUAACAUUAAUUGCCAUUUGCGGAGAAGAUUUACGCGUUAAUUAAUCAAUCCAAGAUGGAGGAUCCAAAACUUCGGUUGACACGUGAUUUUUUUUCAACAUACUGGAAAAAUCGUUUAUGACGUUAAGGUCUUGAAAGAGAGGAUUAAUUUUCAAUGAAAAUGUCUCGAAGAAAGAUUAUGUCAAAGAAAAAUUUGUUAAUUUGGAAAAAUAGUGUCCCGUGAAGAUGAGCGAAAAAAAUAACAGAUCCAAGAUGGCGGACCUGUUGCUAUAUCUAUUUAACCACGCUAUUAGAAGGCGCUCGACGAAUGCUUUUAGAUCUAGGUUGGAGAAGUGAUGUUAUUUAUUGCUUUCAAUGAAAUCUUUCCCGGUCUCGAGUGGAAAUUUUGGCAGCUGAACAUAUGGCAGGCGCGGCCAUCGCGAUUAAGUUGGUUUUGGUGGAUGUCAAUCAAAGAGUUACCUAGAAAUUUGUGGGCUCAAUUGUGUGCGCGCGCACGUCACCAGUCUCAAAUCGGCAGUUGCCAUGACCACAAAACUAAUAUAGGUACCUUCUAUACUGUCAUGGAAACACCUUGAUUGACGUUCAUCAAAUCCAACCAGCGCAUGUUAUGGGGGAAAAAAUUUGAUUCUGCCCUGAAUGUCAUCAAAAUCGACGUCAUCAGAAUUGCCCAAUGCAACCCCUCCCAUUAAGAAUGAGCCUUUAUUUAUACAGGGUAGCCCUUUCAGUUACAUAAAAUAACUGUUAUCAAUAGGAGCCCUGAUAAGCCCUCUGAUUCUUUGAGGAAAAUUCAUGUGGUUGGAUUGAUGCGCAUCAUAUUUGAAAAAGUUAUCAAUGCUUAUUUGAAUUAAAAUAUAUAUAAUAAAAAAAGUAUAUGGUUGCGUAAGCCUUGUGCUUUCGCAGGUCACACUCCUUCUGAGAAUGAGUAUGAUGUUCAACGUGUUUGAUUUUGUUGUCAUUUUACUGAUUUUGUUGUGCGUGCUUGUGCACCACAGUCAAUAUUACGAAAUUAUUAUUUUAUAAGA